GUGGGACCCUGGGAUGGAGGGAAGCAAAUAACUGCCCUGCAGAGCCGGCCCCGGUCCUUGGGCCCUGCCACACGCUCAGGACACGCGCGUCUGAAUCAACCCCAGGGAUGAGGCGGAGCAGGCCAGGGCCCGCGUAGCCCCUAAGGCAACUCUAGCCAGGACGCAGGAGGCGGGGUAAAAGCCACCCCCAACAUGGCGCCCAGCUCUGCCCACACCGGCACCUCUGACCCUCCUCCCAUGACCCUCCCCGACACAUCCCGCCCCUUCCGCGACGCCGCUUCGAUCUGAUUGGUCGGCCGGCCGCCGCGGCCGGAAGAGGCUGGGUGGGCAGGGAAAUUUAAACGUUGGAAGCGGUAGCGGCCGCGGUGGCUCGCGCUCGGUGUUUUCGAUCUCGGAAGCGCCGCGUUGCCUAGAGACCGCUCCCGCCGGGCAGGACUUCAGAAGUACCGCUAAACUUUGCCUAUCUCAACAUGGGUGUAGAUGACUAUGAGGAAAUUCUCAAGUACUAUGAAUUAUAUGAAACAGUUGGGACAGGUGGCUUUGCAAAGGUGAAGCUAGGUCGCCAUCUCCUUACUGGUGAAAAAGUUGCAAUCAAAAUCAUGGACAAACUGGCUUUGGGGGGUGACUUACCUCGUGUUAAAACCGAAAUUGAUGCAAUGAAGAACUUGAGUCACCAGCAUAUUUGCCGAUUAUACCAUGUGAUAGAGACAUCCAAGAAGAUAUUCAUGGUCUUAGAGUAUUGUCCUGGAGGAGAGCUGUUUGAUUAUAUAAUCUCCAAGGAUCGCCUUUCAGAAGAGGAAGCUCGUAUAUUUUUCCGUCAGAUUGUUUCAGCAAUUGCUUAUGUGCACAGUCAGGGGUAUGCCCACAGGGAUCUCAAACCAGAGAACUUGCUGAUUGAUGCGGAGCAUAACUUGAAGCUGAUAGACUUUGGUCUCUGUGCAAAGCCAAAGGGUGGCCUGGAUUACCAGCUGAACACAUGUUGUGGGAGCCCAGCUUAUGCAGCACCAGAGUUAAUUCAGGGCAAAGCUUACAUUGGCUCAGAGGCAGACAUAUGGAGCAUGGGGGUUCUCUUGUAUGCUCUGCUGUGUGGCUUUCUCCCGUUUGAUGAUGAGAAUGUCAUGGCGCUCUACAGGAAGAUAAUGAGAGGAAAAUAUGAGGUUCCAAAAUGGCUUUCUGCUAGCAGUAUACUGCUUCUACACCAGAUGCUGCAGGUGGAUCCAAAGAAGCGAAUUACAGUUAAACAUCUCUUGAAUCAUCCGUGGCUCAUGCAGGAUUACUCCUAUGCUGUUCAGUGGCAAAGCAAAUACCCACUUGGGCAUCUUGAUGAUGACUGCAUAGUAGAACUUUCUGUGUUCCAUAAAUGCAGCAGGCAAAGUAUGACCAAGUUAAUUUCAGAGUGGAAAUAUGAUCAAAUAUCAGCAACAUACCUCUUGCUUCAAUCCAAGAAGGCUCAUGGUAAGCCUGUCCGUCUAUGGCUUCCCUCUCUAGCAGUAGAAAACGCUAGCAUCACACCAUCCAGAGAACUGAAGUCUAAAAAGAAUCUGACUUACGAAGAUGUGGAAGACUGUAAGGAAAUGCCCUGUGCAUUUGGAUCCAUGGAAUUUUCGGAUGAUGCGCUUUAUGAGGAAUCUCCAUUUGCAGGCUUUGCUCUAUAUACACCCAAAACAAAGCAGCAUUCAAAGCAUCAGACACCAUUGGAUAGUGUAGAAUUCACACCACCUCCAUCUCCAGUGGCAAGAAGAGCAGCAUCAAAGAAAAGUGAAAACAAAGAGAAUUCUGACUUGGCAUUGACUAUCAAGAAUGAAGAGCCGUUUGUGCUUCCUGCACUGAAGACUCCUCUUAGUAAGAGCCAGAAGGAGAAGAGGAUGCAAACCACACCAAAUCAAGCACUUCCCUCCGCAGAGAGAAGUCAGUGCCCUAAAGACACCCCAAUUAAGAAACCCACAAGUCCAGCAAGUACAGGUGAAAUGGCUGCAGCAGUCAUUAGCCCAGAAAGACGGUGUCGCUCAGUAGACAUGGAUCUUAAUCAAGUUCAUGUGGAUAGUGGCCAAAAGAAGAAAAGAGCCAAAAUGUUUGGAAGUCUGGAAAGAGGCCUGGAUAAAAUGAUCACAAUGCUUACACCAGGCAAAAGGAAAGGAUCCGCAAGAGAUGGCCCAAGGAAAUUGAAGGCUCAUUACAAUGUGACCACAACUAAACUACUGAAUCCAGACCAGCUAUUGAAUGAGAUAAUGACCAUCCUCCCAAAGAAACAGGUUGACUAUGUACAGAAGGGCUAUACCCUGAAAUGUCAAACACAGUCAGAUUUUGGCAAAGUGACGAUGCAAUUUGAGCUAGAAGUGUGCCAGCUUAGUAAACCUGAAGUAGUGGGUAUCAGGAGGCAACGGCUUAAAGGCGAUGCGUGGGUCUACAAGAGACUAGUGGAAGAUAUCCUAUCUAGCUGCAAGAUGUAACUAAUAGAGGAUUCAUAUCCUAAAUAACGGUUUUACACUCCUUCACACUAAUUUUUUUAUCUUCUAAAAAUUGUUCAAAGAACGGAUCUGUUUUUAAAUACACUAAUUUGUGAAUAAAUGUGACAAACUUAUCUGUCCUUUGUCUUUUUUUAAUCAUGUAUCUUUGUAUAUCCACUGCUGUCUCUAGAUGUCCCUGUCUCGUAUGGGUGUGAACUUUCAACUAUUUGUAUUCUGUAAGUGUAAUUUCUUUCUGAAAUAAACAUUUUAUAAAUA